UGAAUUAUUAUCCGAAAAAAUAGCCGUACAAAAUGACCUAGACUAUAUUUAAUUUUCUUCAGAAGCUUUUCUGUCGUUUUGGAAGAGAGGGAGGCUUGUUCAAUCCGUGCGCUAAAAGCAUCUGAUUCCACUCCUUGCCAAGAGCACCGGUAGUUAGACCAUUAACCGUAGUCUCCGAUAAUGAUUUAUAUAAUAAGGCUACAGGCCCACGACAGCAACGUUUGUCUUUUUGUGGAAUUAUGAUCAUUUCGAACGGAAAAGCCAGUCAACUUGUCUUCUGGCCCCCUCCGGCAUUGUCCUUCGCUGUCCAUGGUGCUGAAAGUGUUCCCCUGAAAAGUCAUGCUGACGAGUGGUCAAAUAGGCGUACGGUAUUUCAAUGCAAGUUGAGAGAGAGAGAGACUGGUAAUUAUGGCCUGAAGACUUAAAGGGUCUAUCCUUAGCCAAGUUGAAACCAUAACAAAGCCACAUCCUGCCUCUGUUUUGGUAAAAAGCUGAGGGAUGUGCCUGGGAAAUAUAACCACUCUCAAAUUCAUAGACCAAGCUAUGGAUGCAAGGACUGAUCAUCCAAUAUAUACAAAUUGUAGUUUUAAGCAUGGUUUCAGGCUAUAGGCUACAGUGUUUGUUUACAUUUACAAUGUUUACAAGCUUAAAGUUUGGGUUAUGUUGAGGUUUUACAGUUGUUCUUCAAGAAUCAAUGGGGUAUGUAACAUUCACUAUAAGUCCAAAAUUAGAUGUAGCAACUGGAGAUUGACCCUUUAAGGUCUAGGCUAACUCAUAACUCAUCAAAGAAACUCUCCCUCCCUCUUCCUCUCUCUCACUCCCUCUUCCUCUCUCUUGCUCUUUCUCUCUCCCUCUGACAAAUGACGCUCUGUAAAUGGUAAAUUAGUGAGAGUUGAUCACAUGACCGGCCGGCCGAACCUGUCUUGUGCUCCGCACCAGUGUCGCAUUGAUUUUCAACUGCAGUUCAUAAUCCUCAUGGCUAAAACACCCACAUGGGAAUUCAUUUGUUCUGUUUCAAUUUAACCGAAUCUAACGACGUUUUUUCCCCAUCACCUGCUGAGUGAGAUAUUUGUGAGUAAGAUAUUUGUUUUUACCUCAUUUUAAACUUUCUUUGGUGAAAACAUCAGUCUUAUUUGAGAGGUAGCCUUUAACCUCGUUGAGGUCCCCAAAUGAAGGUUGAGGGUUUAGCUGAAGGCAGGGCUGGGGGUAACCCCUGCCCUGGUCCUGCCAGCCAGUGCUGUAUCUCGCGACUACUAAGCGUGGUGGAGAGCGAGUUGCAAGCGGGGCGCGAGAAGGGGGACCCCACGGAGAAGCAGCUGAAGGUGACGCUCGAGGAAGCGGAACUGUGGCGGAAGUUUAAGGAAGUCACCAAUGAGAUGAUAGUCACCAAGAGCGGCAGGAGGAUGUUUCCAGUGCUGAAAGUGAGUGUAUCGGGUCUGGACCCCAACGCCAUGUACUCCUUCCUGCUGGACUUCCAGCCAGCUGACAGCCAUCGCUGGAAGUACGUUAACGGGGAGUGGGUUACAGCCGGUAAACCGGAGCCUGCCGGUAAUGGUUGUGUGUACAUCCAUCCCGACUCACCCAACUUCGGAGCCCACUGGAUGAAGGCACCUGUCUCCUUCAGCAAGGUCAAACUCACCAACAAGCUCAACGGAGGUGGACAGAUCAUGUUGAACUCUCUCCAUAAGUAUGAACCUCAGCUCCACAUUGUGAGAGUGGGCGGAAGCCACCGAAUGGUCACUAACGUCUCUUUCAGCGACACACAGUUCAUCGCUGUCACUGCCUACCAGAAUGAAGAGAUCACCGCUCUGAAGAUCAAAUACAACCCGUUCGCUAAGGCUUUCCUGGAUGCCAAAGAGAGGAACCACCCGAACAGUCCAUUGGAGUCCCCAUUUGAUAGCCAUAUGGGAAUUCAACACUGUGGCUGGUUUCUGUCUAACCCAGACUCGCUGUGUUCAGGUGGGGGUCCUAGUUUCCCCUAUAGCGGGGUCUGCCUCUCGCCCCCUCAUGGGUACAAGCACUACCCC